UUAAUGUUACAAUGAAUGAUUGAUAAUUCAUACAUAUGUACAUUAUGACUUACCCAUCCACAGACAAAGCGAACAUGAAGAAAUUGAUUACUGUACCGUACAUGUCAUUACCAUGAAGUGUAAAGUAUUCCGAAAACAGACAGCGAACAGGAGAAGAUAGUCACUGUAGAUCACCGGAAAGCGUAAUGUAUUCAGGGAAAUAAACCAAAGGGUGUUUUGUAUUGUGUACCUUAAUUUAUGUUUAUUGUGUGUCCGCCGUUGUAAUUCAUUCGUUAGAGUUUUCGCUUUACAAAAUUUGGCUUAGUAGGUAUCACGGUAUUUGAAUGCUUUUAUCACUCAUCAUGGGUAUAUUAGGCCUUUUGGUAAUGGGCUUCUUCAUAUUAGCUCCAAAGAUAGUUCAGAUUAAGCAGAAUUUAUCGGCAACAGAUAUAAAAUCCAAAAGUUCCUAUGCCAUUACACAGAAAAUCAUCACGCAACCAGUCACCAAGCACCUGUCAUUUCCAGCUCGACAAAUAGUAUUGCAGUGACUUCAUCUACAUUCAUACCUAUGUCUUCUCCUGCUUCUACUUCUCAUGGAUACAUCAAAGAAUGUCAGAAUAAUCCUACAAUAGACUGUUCUUUAUACAACAUAAAUACAACCUGUGACGAAAAUGGAAUAUACUAUCCUUGGGCACAGGAACAUUGUCCACUAUUUUGUGGAUUUUGUCAAGCACCUACAGUAACAAUAGAUUGCGUGGACCAAUUGCACAACUGUGACGAGUACCAGAGAGAUUUGUGUACUAAUUCUCUGUACAGGUUAUUUAGGGAACAAAACUGCCGAAAGUACUGCAGGAUUUGUAAAGAUUUCGAUUUUGUCCCUGCAAAUUCAGUGUUUGGAUGAUCAAAGUAAAUUUCCCUUGUGGCACUGUUAUUUCUUCUGCUCGAACUAAUGCUGUGAAGAUACUGAAAUAAAUAUUUAAACAAUU